UUACUGUUUUUUUUUCUCCAGGUGUAAACGAUGCUAAAAUUUUAUGUAAAAGGGAACAAACAGAGGCUCAGUGGCUAGCAAAUAUGCCAGAAGCUACAAAGCAGGAAAUAUGUGACAAUAUAAAUACAGGUGAAAUAGAUGCUAAGAUUUCAUGUAACACGGAACAAACAGAAGAUCAGUGGCUAAGUAAUAUGCCAGAAGAUGCAGAGCAGGAAAUAUGUGACACUAUAAAUACAGGUGAAAUAGAUGCUAAGAUUUCAUGUAACACGGAACAAACAGAAGAUCAGUGGCUAAGUAAUAUGCCAGAAGAUGCAGAGCAGGAAAUAUGUGACACUAUAAAUACAGGUGAAAUAGAUGCUAAGAUUUCAUGUAACACGGAACAAACAGAAGAUCAGUGGCUAAGUAAUAUGCCAGAAGAUGCAGAGCAGGAAAUAUGUGACACUAUAAAUACAGGUGAAAUAGAUGCUAAGAUUUCAUGUAACACGGAACAAACAGAAGAUCAGUGGCUAAGUAAUAUGCCAGAAGAUGCAGAGCAGGAAAUAUGUGACACUAUAAAUACAGGUGAAAACGAUGCUAAGAUUUCCUGUAGCACAGAACAAACAGAAGAUCAGUGGCUAAGAAUUGUCAAACCAUCAGAGCAGCAAAUGUGUGCCAAUAUAAGUACAGGUGAAUUCACAAACUGCAAUAAUCUUAGUCAUGAUGCUUCUUUACAUCUUCAAAAUCAAAGAAGCCUCGUGGGAAAUGUAUGUUCUGAAUGUGGGAAAUGUUUUCUUAAGAAAUCACAUCUUUAUAAACAUCUGAAAAUGCAUACAGAAGAAAAUCCAUUUUUCUGUUCUAUAUGUGGUAAAUGUUUUAAUCAUAAACGAAAUCUUGUUGCUCAUCAGAAAAUUCAUACAGGAGAAAAGCCAUUUUCCUGUUCUAUAUGUGGAAAAUGUUUUAACUAUAAAACAAAUCUAACUGCUCAUCAGAGAAUUCACACAGGAGAGAAAGCAUUUUCAUGUUCUGACUGUGGAAAAUGUUUUACUCAGAAAUCACAUCUUAUUACGCAUCAGAAAACUCAUACCGGAGAGAAAGCAUUUUCAUGUUCUGACUGUGGGAAAUGUUUUACUAUGAAUUCAACUCUUAUUGCACAUCAGAAAACUCAUACAGGAGAGAAGGCAUUUUCAUGUUCUGACUGCGGGAAAUGUUUUACUUUGAAACCAACUCUUAUUAGGCAUCAGAAAACUCAUACAGGAGAGAAGGCAUUUUCAUGUUCUGACUGUGGGAAAUGUUUUACUUUGAAAACAACUCUUAUUACGCAUCAGAAAACUCAUUCAAAGAAAUCAGUUUAACCUCCUGGUGUAGAGGGCGACACGUAGUUGUCACCCACACAAUAUCAAGUGCUGAUGAUGACUGCAUGUGACCCCCUGAGGCACACAGUUUUGCAGUUGUUUGAGGCCCCUUUUGCACCUCAAGCAUUUAUGAGGUGAGCCCAGGGUGGAUUUGAUUCAAAUCAAUUUGAUUUAUAUAAUGAUUUAAAUCACUAGUCAGUAAGACCGAUUUAAAUCAUGGUUUUCAUUUUUAGAAUAAUAGAUUUUCAGAUUAUUUUUUUCAGUUAUAGCACACCAUUACUGAUUUGGUUAUAUAUAUAUAUAUAUAUGCAUUAGGGCUGGGCGAUAUGACCCAAAAAAAAAUAAUCGCAAUUUUUUUGGAAAAAAACGCGAUUGCGAAUUAAUCACAAUUUUAUUAAAAAUGACUAUAACACCUUCAUUUAGCAUUAAACAAUUUUUAACAUUACAUAAUCUUAAUGUACAUGUUUAUCAAUGUCCAAUACACUAUUUGAGCAUAAAAAUACAAAACAAAAAAUAGUUACAAUACAAUUUGCUGCCUGUGAUGUGAUAAAAUAGUAGCCCCUAGCCAGUUAUUAGGUCUUAUGACACACAAGUUCACACAACAUUCAUGUUUUAUUGGACAGUCAUUCUAACAGUGUGGACACUGGUAUGAUUAACAUAUGAAGCAGUGUAAGCAUGGAGAAACCUGAACAUUGCUCUUUACAGCAGUAUGACUUGUAAAGUUCUGUAUAUAUAAAUAAAUAUAAGUGCAGUUAGCAGUAAAGUAAGUACAAUGAAUGCACACACUGCUGCAUGUGUUAUUCAUUUUAGGAGUUACUGUCCAGGGAAACAUGAGGGAUGUUGCAUUGACAAGGUCAAUCCUGACAUCCUGCAGCCUGUCAUAUACAAUCACACACUAGUCACAGCUAUUCUGUAGUAGUAGAUCUAUAUAAAAGACCACUAAGAAGUAGAACACAUCAACACAGUUAUAUACAGGAGGUAGUAGUACAUAACAAGUUAACUCAAAACAUACAAACAAAGCUAAUUUAAAUGAUAUUAGCUGGCCAGUUCUUACAACAUUGCCCAUGUUUACUUGGGCAGUCAGUCUACCUGUGGUAAGAGUAACAUGAAGCAGUAUGUGCAGCAUGUAGAAAGAAACCUGAAAAGUGCUGACUGAGGACUAUCCUGCUCCAGCUGCAUGAUUUGUUUUUCUAAGUAAAGGUAGUACAAUGCAGCACACUGCUGCAUGUGUUAGUCAUUUAGCUGAGUGACUGUGCAUGAAAACAUGGGGAAUGUGGCAUUGACAUCCUGCAGCCUGUCAUAUUACAUUAAUUUUUACAACUAUAGCUGUAGUACAGAACACAGUAAUAAGUAGAACACCAGUUAUAGUUAGAGUAACUACUACAAUACAUAAUACAAACAACUGAACUCAACACACACACAGCUAAUUGAAAUGAAAAUAGCUGUCCAGUUCUUACCACAUUGUCAUUUGUUUUCUUGGGCACCGGGCAGUCAGUCUAGCUGUGGUAUGAGUAAAAUAUGAAACAGUGUAUGCAUUGCAUGCAUGGAGAAACCUGAAAACUGCUAAGUGUGCAGCAGCAUGAUGUGUGUUCUGUUUCUAAAUAAAGUACAGUAAAGCUAUUACAAUGCACACUGAUGCAUGUGUUAGUUAUUUAGCUGAGUGACUGUCCACUGUCCAGGAAAAUAUGGGGGAUUUGGCAUUGGCAAGGGCAAUCCUUACAUCCUGCAGCCUGUCAUUACAUAAAUUUUUACAGCUCUAGCUGUAGUACAGAACACUUAGAACAUGGUAGUUAGAGUACAACUACAAUACAUAAUACAUUACAAAUAAGUAAACUCAGUCAACACACGCAACAGCAAAUUGAAAUUAAAUUAGUUGCAGUUAUUACCACAACACAUUGUCCAUUUUUUCUUGGCCAGUCAGUCUAUCUGUGGUAUGAGUAACAUAUGAAGAAGUGUACAACUACAUGGAUGGAGAAACUUGCAAAGUGCGUACUGUGCAGCACUGAUUUGUGUUUCUAAUUGCACAAUAAAGUAGUACUUAGUACAACGCACACUGCUUCAUGUGUUAGUCAUUUAGCUGAGUGACUACUAUCCAGGAAAACAUGAGGGAUGUGGCAUUAACAAGGUAAAUCCUGCAACCUGUUUUUAACAUCCAUGCAUCAACUAAUAGCAGCAGCACUGCAGCAUAGUACAGUAAGAGUACAAAACAUUAUUCAAGAUUAAAACAGAGAAUACAAUAGAAAAACAUUGGAAUUUGGAAGCUGGCCCGCCCUGGUUAUGGCAUUGGCCAUCGAUACAGCCAGAAUACAGUCAGUGCACAAAGUGCAUGUGCAUUUUCACACAGGAGAGAAAUGUGAAUAACUAAGUAUUUGAGCUCACAACAUCAUAAUGUUUUUUUUUGUCAUAGUGAGUGACACGUUAAGUACAACUAUAACAUAGAGCUUGUAAAAGCAGGGCCCAUGAAAGAAUUGUAAUGAUUUUUUGUAAUAGUAAAUAAUUUAGUAAUAUAGUAUGUAAUAACAAGAGAAUAACAUAAAUAAAAUAUAUUAUAACAUUUAAAAA